AUGGCUCUUGUUUUGGCCAAAGGAAACAGUUUAAGACCCCUCUGGGGAUUUCUUAAAGAAAUGUCGAAAAGGGGGAUUGUUAAUACUUCUUUGGUCACUUGUGUUAUCAAGGUUUUAGGAGAAGAAGGAUUGGUUAAUGAAGCCUUGGCUGCAUUUUAUAGAAUGAAGCAGUUCCAUUGUAAACCUGACGUUCUUGCAUAUAAUACAAUUAUUUAUGCUCUUUGUAGAGUUGGAAAUUUCAAGAAAGCUAAGCUUAUUGCUGUUAAUGAGAUUGACAAGGCAGUGGAGAUGUUGAGAAAGAUGGAAGAACUGAAACAUGGGACACCAACCACAAGUUCUUAUACUCCGAUAAUUCAUGCCAUGUGUGAAGGUGGAAGAGUGGUGGAAGCAUGGGAUUUCCUUGUUGAGUUGGUGAAGCAAGGAUCAGUUACUAGAGAAUUCACUUAUGAAAAAGUUCGAAAUGCUCUAAGGUCUUCAGGCGAGAUCAAUCUUCUCAACAUGAAUUAUUGCAAGCUGAUUGAAGAGAGGAUUAAAAGACGAAUCACUCAUGUUAUGAAGGUAAAACCGAAUUUGAAGCGUUGA